AUGGCGCCGAGUCGACCCGAAAAGAAGGGAAAGUCCGAUGCGGGCACACUUCUUGACGACGUCGAGACCCUCUUCGAAGUCGGCAACAUUGACGAGGCGAUUGGCCUCGCAGAGAAGGCCCUAACGACGACUGGCCCAGGCGGUGACUUCGAACUGCGAGCCCUGAACCUCCUCGCUCUACUACAUAUUGAAGACGGCGAAAUCGAUGAGGCUCGCUCGCUCUUCGAGCGCGCAGCUAACAUUGACAAGAAUGGCGAUAUGGACGAAAAAGUCGGCGGCGGCCCCGAAAAGUUCCUGUUCCUCGCCGAGCUCAGCGAAGAAGGCGGCCAGGAUACCGUAAAGUGGUUCGAUCGCGGUGCCGCAGCGCUGCGCAAACAGAUCCAAAACUUCGACGCCAUCAGCAACAAGACCCCCGAGCAACAAAACGCAUACGAGGAAAAGCAGAAGAAGCUAGGCGGCGUGCUCUGCGCGGUCACCGAAGUGUACAUGACGGACUUGUCGUGGGAGGAGGACGCUGAGCAGCGAUGCGAGGCACUUAUAACAGAGGCCAUGAUGAUCGCGCCGGGCUCGUCCGAGACGUGGCAGACGGUGGCCAACGUGCGCAUCUCGCAGGAGCGCACCGACGAGGCCCGCGCCGCCCUCAAGCGCGGCCUGGAGCUGUGGCAGGACCUCGGGCCCGAGGACCCCGCGGUGCCCGACUUCCCGACGCGCAUCUCCCUGGCCCGCCUGCUGCUCGAGACAGGCAUGAUGGAGGACGCGCUGUUCGUGCUCGAGCGCCUCGUCACCGACGACGACGAGAGUAUCGAGGCCUGGUACCUCGGCGGCUGGGCGCUGUACCUGGCUGGCGAGAAGCUGCGCGACGCCAAGCGCGGCGUCGCAAACGGCUCGGCCGAGCCGUCGGAGGACCUCAAGGUGACGUGGAAGUCGUCGCGGCGCUGGCUGGCCCAGUGCCUGAAGCUGUUUGAGGCCCAGGAGUACGAGGACGAGAGGCUGGGCGAGCAUGCGGUCGAGCUGGUGCUGAGCAUUAACAAGGAGAUUGGAGAACCCGAGGAGGGUGAGGAUGAGUGGGAUGUUGCUAGUGAUGACGAGGAGGAUGAGGAAGAGGAUGAGGAGAUGAAAGAUUAA